ACUUGACAUAUUCCCGUUCAAAAUGGCGGAUGUUCUCAUUGGAAAAUGAGCAGUUUUUGUAUUUUUCGCAAAUUAUGUGAAAAUUCCAGCUUUUUCCACUGUCCAAGUGUUUUAGAUAGAAAAUAGUGGUGUUACUUUGUCCUUCUGUGCAGCCAAUUGAGUGCCAAAGUGUAGUGAUAGUGCGUGAGAAUUGUGUGAUUUGAAUCAAAGAGACUGCCAUGGCUCAGAAAAUUUGCGAUAAUUGUGUUUUAUCAAUGUCGCCUCACGCGCUAUAGUUUCUAGUUGUUGAUCUUCCCGGACUUUACAUUGUCAGUGACACUUGGGCACUUCCCAGACAAGAGAAAUGGCCCGCCAGAGGCGUGAUUCAAAGAUGCUGAAUCUUCGUCUGUGUUCUUCCAUUGCAAUUAUUCUGGGAUUCAUCUGUUGCAUAUCGGGCUCAGUGGUGGUGAGCAAGCAGCUGGAAUGUGAGCAUUAUGACCUGAAUCGAUGCCGGGAGAGGGGGGAGUGCGAGACAACAAAGCAAACCUGCGAUGAAGUUGAUGCAGACAAACAGAGUCAUUGCUAUGUUGUCUGGCUUCAAGGAUUUGACAACAGCACGGGCAAAACCGUGAUUAACGUACAGAUGAAAGGAUGCUUCACCCAAAAUGCCGCCUGCAAUCAAACCGAGUGCAUUGAUUACUCCUACGAGCCCAAGAAUAACAUGAGCUUCUGUUGCUGCCAGGGAGACUUCUGCAACAGGGAGCAGAAGUGGAUUCCCACGCCAACAAAAACCUCCGGGAAUGAAGAAUAUCCUCAACUCCAGGGCGCUACAGACAAUGUCUACACCAUCGUGAGCCUCGUGGCAGCUUUUAUAGUACUGACAGCCAUGGCUGUUGCUGGUGCAUACUUCCUCAGGAAGCGCACCAAAAAGGCUCAUUUCAAUGAAGUCCCAACAAUUGAGCCAGAAGUCACAAGCUCCUCACCAUGCCUAGCUCUGCGGCCCAUCACGCUGAUUGAGAUGAAGGCCCGUGGGCGGUUUGGCACUGUCUGGCGGGCUCAAAUGAAGCCCGACGAGGUGGCAGUCAAGAUAUUCCCGCUGCAAGAUAAGCAAUCGUGGCAGACUGAACAGGAGAUCUUCAAGCUCCCACGAAUGCGACAUCCAAACAUAUUGGAGUUCAUUGGCGCCGAGAAGCACAUCGACAGUUCACCAACUUCCUAUUGGCUCAUCACGGUCUACCACAACCGUGGCUCCCUGUGCGACUACCUGAAGGCCUACACGGUUACCUGGCCAGAAUUGUGCAAGAUUGCUGAGAGUAUGGCCCGCGGACUGAUGCAUUUACACGAAGAGAUUCCAGCCACAAAAGGAGAACAACUGAAACCAGCAAUUGCCCAUCGUGACUUCAAGAGCAAGAAUGUUCUUCUCAAACAAGAUCUAACAGCAUGCAUCGCAGACUUUGGAUUAGCUCUCAUCUUCCAGCCAGGGAAGCCAUGUGGAGAUACUCAUGGUCAAGUUGGAACAAGACGAUAUAUGGCUCCUGAAGUGCUCGAGGGUGCAAUCAAUUUCACCCGCGAUGCCUUCCUUCGCAUCGAUGUUUACGCAUGUGGUCUGGUUCUGUGGGAGCUUGUGUCUCGAUGUUCAGCCCACGGUGGUCCAGUACCCGAAUACACCCUGCCCUUUGAGUCUGAGCUUGGACCUCAUCCGAAUUUGGAUGAAAUGCAAGACAAUGUUGUCAUGAAGAAGCUACGACCGCGGAUUAAUAAUCAGUGGAGAACUCAUCCUGGACUGAGCGCAAUGUGCGAUACAAUGGAAGAAUGUUGGGAUCACGAUGCCGAAGCCAGGCUAUCGUCUUCGUGCGUGAUGGAACGCGUGUCUCAGCAUACGAGAUAUCAGACAACCCAAUUGCUCAUUGAGAGCAAUACCGAUCCGGCGGACAAUGUAUGAAAAGACUAAAGAGAACAAGGAUUAAAUUUCUUGCCGCAGAGACUCAAUCUCCAGCGUGCAUCCCCAGCGUCGGAGGAAGGAUGUGUCGGAAGGAGAGGAGGGAAUGGAAAAAGGUAUCGUAAAUGAGAAAUACUCACAAUUUCUUUUUCAUCCCUUUUUAACAUUUAAGAGAAAUUAUAAAUAAAAAAAAUCAAUAAUAAUUUCACGUGAAGAAGAAAUAAAAAGAAAAACAAUGUUGAAUUUAGGAAGGUAAGUGAAAAAAAAUAGAGAGCACAUGGAGAAGUGAAAAAAUUUUAAGAGUUAGAUAGAAUGGAAAAUAAUUAUGGAUAAUAAUAUUUUAACCCCACAAAGUGAAUGUUGGUAGAUUUUAAGACUACUUAAAAAAGAAAAAAAAGAAUGUUAGAAGACGUAUAAAGUGUUUAAUUUUCGUGAGAGAUGUUGUUAAUAUCUCAAUGGGCCUUGUUCUCUUUUUUUGGUUAAGAUGUUUAUUUGAAAUUUGAGGUUAUGAUAGGCCUAACCUCAAAAGUCAGUCUUAAGGAGAUCAUUCUGAAGGAAGGGUCAACUAAAUGCAAUUUUUAUCAUAAUUUUUUUUUAAAUUUGUCAAGGAGUUUGAGUAAAUUUGGAUAAUUCUAACCAAUAAAAAAGAAUCUAAAAAAAGAACCUAGCUCUAACCUCAAACAGUUGAUAACUUUUGCCCCUAGAAUUAGGUGUGAUUCCCUCAUAAUUUUUCUUCUCUGUCACGUCUUACAGGCUAAAAUAAAAAUAACAGCAGUGCCUAGACGGAAAAUAUCCUUUCAGACUUUUUGAGGUUAUGUCCAACAUAACCUAAAAUUCCUCACUAACCUCUUGGCCAAUUAAGAAAAUAAGGCAGUAUUUUAAGAACUUUUUUUUUAAUUUUUCACACAUAAAUUAUAAAAAAUAGACACAUCAAUAUCUUCCUAGAAGUUUCAAUUGACAUUGAAAGAUGAAAAAGGGGACACAAAGUGUCCUUCGAAAUCUUAAAAAGUUCAAUUGGAAUUGGAAGAUUGUUAAUGCAAAUCGAAAGUAUAAUUAAUUAAUAACGAAUUAACAAGGAUAAAAAAAAUGGAUAAAAAAUAAAUAUAUUUUAAUUUAAGAUAAUAUUUUAGAAAUUAUAAGGUUUUUAUUGUAUCUCUACAUACAAUGCAGAAAAUAUUUUUGGAAAAAAUGUUAAGAUAUUGAAACUAUUUUUAUUUCUCCGAGAUUUUUGUCAUGUGCCAAAAAAAGGUGGAAAAAAAAGAAACAUAAACCGAAAAACAAAAAAAAGAUUGAUAUAUUGUAAAUAAAUGAAAUUAAGACAAAAAAGAAGUUAUUCACAUAAAUUAACGGCAAGUAUAAAAAAUUGCAGAGUUUGACUUUUUUAUUUUAAUGGGAAAAAAAGAUUUAAGAAAAAAAUUAAAGGAGUAAUGAGGAUGGGAAUUUCACUGCCACAAAAGAAAAAAAAGAAAUAAUUCCUUCUAAAUCCGCUGAACACAAAUCCCACGAAGAAAAAAAUGUACAAUUCCAAGAUUUUGAGGAAUAUUUACAUGAGAAAUUCAAUAGUAAAAAAAAAACCCCAAGAUUGUUGUAGAGUUCACCAAUAAGAUAAGUAUAUAGAAAAGAUAACUUCCUACUCCUUCCCAGAUUGUCAAUAUUCCCAAGAAGAAUGUGGUUAAGAAAGUAGUUUAGGAUUGAGAACUGAACGAACUGAAAUAAUGCUCCGUUCCUGCGGAGAUUUGAAUGGUGCUAGAUGGACAUUAUUCUUCAUAAAAAUUUGUUUUGAUUCAUACAACUUCCAAGUAACAUAUCAGGAAUUUUGUUAAUAAAUAUACCAUUUUAUUUCA